CUAGCCGUCGGCAAUUCAGAUUUUACAUCACCUGAUGUAGCUGUAUAUACAUGUAGUAUAUCACUAGAUAACCUAGUUACGUCUACAGGUUUCACAUUUCAAUGGCGACGUUGGGUAUCUAAUCGUAGGAAUGUCGUAAAGAUGAUUUCCCUGGCAAAAUGUAAAAUUCUGUAUCUAUUGUUCGUAAGUGUUACUUCUUUAUACUUUGACUGUCGAAAAAUUGAACACGAGUGCUUACAUGAGGGAAAUUGUAACCUAGCAACUGGAGUUUGUGCAUGUGAAGUACCCUACCAGGGACACAACUGUGGAGUAUCAACAGAUACCAUCGUAAAUUCAACCGAUUGUAACCCAGCAUGUGAAAAUAACGGCAUUUGUAACUCAUCGUCAACUUGUAUUUGCCCUGACACCGUCUAUGGAUCAACAUGUGCUAAUGAUAGAGGUUCGGUAACAUGUAGUGGGGACGCAUUGGCGAUUAAAAUCGUACCGUAUGGUCAAUUUUCGGGUUUAGUAUAUAUGAGAAAAAACAGAACUGAUCCACCAUGUGUUUUCACAUCUAAUGUUAAUCCUAAUUCUGGAGAAACAAUCUAUGAAAUUAAUCUCAGCUAUACCAGUGAUUGCUCGAUGAAAGUAACCCAGAACAAUUCAAACAUAAUGGAUGUUACAUAUUCCACAGAAGUCGUUAUUCAAAUAUAUGAACAAUUUGAAACGUCAUUAGAUAUCAUUGCACAUGCCUCAUGCAGAGCAAACACUGAGAUUGGGACAUUUACUGUUAAGAAACGUAGUGAAAUCAAUAGGUUGUAUAACGUAACAACAUAUCAUCAACCAGUUAAACUCAUUGUACAGACUGCUCAGGGCAAAUCUUUCAAUUCACCAUUAAAAAUCGGCACACCAAUGAGACUGUAUUUCUCCUUGCUAGAUAAAAUCAAAUAUGAUGCACUUAUUGUACAAAGCUGUGACGCAGUAGAGGGAUCCAACCCGUCCACUAGAGAAAAUAUAAUCAAUUAUGGAUGUCCAACACAGGCUGGGAAAGGUAUUGUAUCGGGUGAUAUUAUAUACAAUAUGUCUGCACCUGCUGCCAUCGUGUACUUUAAAGCCUUUCGAUUCCCCGACUCUUCUGUAGUUAGCUUUUCGUGUAACAUACAAAUAUGUAAUUCAACAUGUCAAAAGCCAGUGUGUGAGGGACCAUUGAGAAAAAAGAGAAAUGCGCUGACCACAGAAGUUAUUACAUUAAACCAAACCCUGGCAGUAGUCAAUCCAUCAGAAAAUAAGGAUAAACCAACUGAACAGCCACUGGACUCACAUACGCAAGACCUUCCUGACAAGAAACCGAACACCAGCGAUGCAUCAAGAUAUCACGAUCUACUGAAAUGUUUACAGUCUCCGAGAAUCCUGAUGCUUGUUGUCAUUCUGUCCGUAUCUGUUGUAAUAUUAUUGGCUGUAAUCUUCGGCCUAACUGUAAAACUUAUAAAGUCAAGAAAGAUAACUGUUAAAGUUUCCGAAAAACAUCCUUCACCUAUGACUGUUCAAGAGUGGUUAGAAUUCAGAGGCCAUAAGAUUCGAGAAAUAUAGUACACUUGAUUUUGUGGAUUUUAUAGCAUGUAAUACACCCUAGUCUAUGUUAGAUGAAUGCAAUAAGAUAGUUCAUGAAUCUGAUAAUGCAAGGAUUUCUAACAUAUUUUCUGACAAGACUAGUUAUAGUUUAAAAGAAUUGUUUUAAAUAUAUCUAUAAUAAUGUAACAUCUCCAUAAAUUUAAUGUUUUAAUUUAUAAUUCAUACUGAUUAAGAUUAAAGGUACACUGACUUUUAAAUUGUGAACAUGUAAUUUGAUA